GUUUUCCCUGAGGUUGGGGUAGUCAUUUGCGCAGAUCGCAGUGUUCCAACAGCGGCCGUGCCAUGCGUGCGCAUGCUGCCCUGGCCGGCAAUCGCUAUGCUGCGCUGCUGGAGGAUGACUCUGAGGAAGCGCCGAAGGUGAGGAAGAGAAAGAAGCGAAAGGCCGCCAAGCCGGAUGCUGAACCUGAGCUUCCCAAGAAGCGCCCGAGGCGCGCGGCUCGCGAAGCCGAGCCUGGCAGCACGGCCGAGGCAACGCAGGCGCCCGAGUCCGAGGCGCCGGAGGCAAAGCCAGGGCCUUUACCCACGGGCACAGAGAAGAAGCUGCAGGGAGGUGUGACCAUCAAGGUGCUACGCGCAGCUCCGGAGGGCGCGGCCAUCGCCGCCAAGGGCUGCGAAUUGCGGCUCAUCUACGAGGGCCGCCUGCCAGCCAAGAAUGACCGCCGCUUCGACAACGGGGAGAUCGACUUCCUGCUGGGCGAUGGCUCCAUGCUGCCGGGCUUCGUCAUCGGGGUCACCGGCAUGGCGGUGGGGGAGCGGCGGCUCAUCCGAAUCCCCUGGAGGCUCGGGUAUGGCAAGAAGGGGAAGAAGCCCAAGAUCCCACCGAUGUCGGACUUGGACUUCGAGGCUUCGCUGACCUUCUGCGGGGUCGACUGGAAGCAGCGGGAGAGCAAGUCCGACAUGUCCAACAAGCGCCGUGAGGCCGCCAAGCGUCGGGGCAAGAAGCCUCGGCCCGCCUGAGACGGCUCCAGAAGAAGC